AGCGUUGGUUUCCGUUCUCUGGUUUGUGGUUCGUGGUCGCUAGGAUCCGCAGGAAGGCAAGCGCGCGCAGUUUCCGUGAGGCCUUCCGGGAGUAAGGAGAGAAGCCCUUCUGCGUGCGAAAGCCAAGAUGUCAGAAGACCUGGCAAAACAAUUAGCUAGUUAUAAAGCUCAGUUACAGCAAGUUGAAGCUGCUUUGACAGGAAAUGGAGAUAAUGAAGAUUUAUUAAAACUCAAGAAAGAUUUGCAGGAAGUUAUAGAACUAACUAAAGACCUCCUUUCAACACAACCUUCAGAAACUCUUGCAAAUUCUGAUAGUUCUGCGUCUGCCCUCCCCAGUCACACUUGGAAAGUUGGAGACAGAUGUAUGGCAAUAUGGAGUGAAGAUGGACAGUGUUAUGAAGCUGAAAUUGAAGAGAUAGAUGAAGAGAAUGGUACAGCUGCAAUCACGUUCUCAGGAUAUGGUAAUGCUGAAGUCACACCUCUACUCAAUUUGAAGCCUGUGGAAGAGGGAAGAAAAACAAAGGAAGAUAGUGGCAACAAGCCUAUGUCCAAAAAAGAAAUGAUUGCUCAGCAACGAGAAUAUAAAAAGAAGAAAGCUUUGAAAAAGGCCCAGCGUAUCAAAGAACUAGAACAAGAACGAGAAGAUCAGAAAGUCAAAUGGCAGCAGUUCAACAAUAGAGCAUAUUCAAAAAACAAAAAAGGCCAGGUAAAGCGGAGCAUCUUUGCUUCUCCUGAGAGCGUUACAGGAAAGGUUGGCGUUGGGACUUGUGGAAUUGCAGACAAACCUAUGACACAGUAUCAAGAUACAUCAAAGUAUAAUGUCAGACAUUUGAUGCCCCAGUAAUUAAGGGGGAAAUUGUCAUAUUUGCAGGGCUUUACAUUUAUCUUUUUAUUGUUAUAUUUUUCUAACAGUAAACAAUUGGUGCAUAAUGAAAAUGGUGUUGCCAUCACUUGGCUUUUGCUGGUACAAGCCUUAAUUAUUACAAAUAUUCAGAUGACCCCGUUAUUUUGUAUAGAUAUGCACAAGUUAGUGUAUUGAAGGAAUGCCCUUUGCAAUAUUUUGAAGCCUUCAAUCUGAUACAGUGUCUUUGCUCAGGCACAUACUAAGAAUACUGCCAAGCAAACAAGGAUAUAAUAAAGUAAUUAUCCCAUAGUUUUGUUCUGUUUGAUGUCUAACAGUCCUGUUACCUUCCUACAAGAGCACUAUUGUUUUUUUAUUUGUUCAGAAAUAAUUCAGUUGAAAUAUUUAUUGGGAUUUUACUCUGAUUAAAUAUAGACUGGAAUGUGCUGAUAGGAAGGGUUUUUCAUCUGAAAAAGCAGAACCCUAUACCUACAAUCUUGGAAAAGAUAGCUAAACAGAAUUUAUGCUUAACAAUGACUGUUUCCUCAAGACGAGGGUUUGGUCCCAAAUCACACAUCCUUUCAUUAGUGCUGUGUGAUUAUCCAAUGGUUUAACUAGUAUCAAAAUGUAUCAUAACUUCCUAAGUCAGUCCAAACCUGUUACAAGAACUUGGAGAUUCCCCCACCCUAACUACAUAUGAGACCUUAAUAUUGAGUAUGGAGUAGCUUAGAAACCUGCCAAACAUUUUGUUUUAGUUAAAAAAACUCAUGAGUGACAGUGAGUUUUCUUUUCUCUCUGUGGAGUGAAAAAAUAUUAGGAACUGUAUUGCGUUUCUAAAGACCAAAUUUUGUAAGUCUGGAAAAAAGCAGGAUAUCUCUUUAGAAAGAAACAUGCUUAGCACUGGCAAACUGGAAAGUGUAUUUAUAGAAGUUAAAGUUAAUAAGGAUUUAGUUAUGAGCUGCAUACGUUUUCCUCAAUAAUUUUCAAGGAUGGACUAGCACUUUAAAACUGGGAGAUAUGAAUUAUACAUUUGUAAGUUAUUUCCAUUGAAAAUUUAAUGGCUUAUUGUGAUGCAGUAAUUUAACAUACUGCGAAGAGUCAUUUACUGCUUACUCAGUUUUACAGUUGAUCCAGCUAUACUUAAGUAUAGUUGGUGUUGUCUCCCAAUAAUGCCACAAUCCAACUGUAUUUAGCUGAACAUUCUUGAUUUUAUCUGGAAAACCAUGUGUAAAUGUUCAAGCAUUCUUGUCUCUUCUGGAUGAAAUUGCUUCCCUUCGCUGUGUGUAAUGCUUAGGGUAGUAAUGACAUCUUUUAAUCUUGCAAAUGUGUUUGAGAGAAAAAGUUAAUGUAUAGCCCUGUAUACAGUGUAGAUAAAUAUUUUUGUAAAAUAUGGUGUUAAUGAACAAGAGUGAAUUUAGUUAUUACUCUUAUUAAAUAAUUCAGAAGUAAUUCUUGCUCAUUAAUCUGGGCGUCAUUGCUUAUGUCUGUUACAUUGUAGUUCCCUUUUGUAAUUUGUUUUCUGAAUUAAAAUCAGGUAACAUCAAUACUUGUUGAUACAUUCAUUAGUGAAAGUCUGCCAGUUUAUCUGCAUUUAAAUCCCCAACUAAUAGAUUAUAAUCCACCUAUAGAUUCUUCCCCUCAACAAAAAGGUAAAAUAAUUUUUAUUACUGUGUUGAUCUGAGUUUUGUAUGUAACUUUUAUUAAAAUAAAGUGUUUAAAAUCUG